GGCCCGUGCAGGGGUUGGAGAAAAGGCGGCGGGUGUGACGGGAGGGCGCGAUUCUGCGCGGUUGCCUCUUCUCGAAGCACCAGGAGACUCUGUUCGUGACUCCCAGCCCAAACUGUCCUGGGGCCGUGAGCGGUAAUUGGGAAGGAGAGGGGGCUCCUGCGGCGCGUCCCGGUCUCCCGUGCCCGGCCAAGUCCUGCAGACUGAAGACUUAAAUCCAAGGUCAUGGCAAAACAUUUGAAGUUCAUUGCCAGGACUGUGAUGGUACAGGAAAGGAACGUGGAAGGUGCAUACAGGACCCUAAACAGAAUCCUUACCAUGGAUGGGCUCAUUGAGGACAUAAAGCGACGGCGGUACUACGAGAAGCCUUGCCGCCGGCGACAGAGAGAAAGCUAUGAAACCUGCCGGCGAAUCUACAACAUGGAAAUGGCUCGCAAGAUCAACUUCUUGAUGCGAAAGAAUCGGACAGAUCCAUGGCAGGGCUGCUGAGGCCUAUGCAUAGGAGGCCCAGUAUGAAGACCCUUAUCCAAGUGUCUCCACCUCUUCUUUCUCCCACCCCAUUUUCUCUUACCUUUCUUACAGUAAACGUAUAUGCAAGAAGGCGUAUAUAUAUAGAAGCAAUCCCACUAGUCAGCAAUGGACACUCUCUUUUAUUAAGUCAGAGAGAAGCCGAGUCAAAAAAUAGUCCAGGAGUAGAAUGGCUGUUGCCAAGGGCUGGUGUUGGGAGGAGGGGAAUGGGAAAUAAUGUAAUGAGAACAGUUUCAGUUUGGGAAGAUGAAAAAGUUCUGGAGGUAGAUGGUGGUGAUACUUGUGUAACAAUGUGAAUGUACUUAAUGCAACUGAACUGUACACUUAAAUGAUUAAAAUGGUAAAUUUUAUGUUUUGUAUAUUUUACUGUAA